UGCUCCACUGCUUCAAACCUUUUAUAUACAGUCUAUGCUUCAAACCGAAACAACUCCGGAGCGUCCCCAUUUAGCCUUUAGCUAGCUAGCUACUUUAUCUGUUAUUUGUUUGACAUUUAAAGUAUAUUUAACAAUGGAAGGUUCUGUAUCAAAUGUGGAGGUCUGUAAUUUUGCUUACACGGGACAGUUUGAGAAAUUAAAAGAGUGCAUUCUGUCAGAUAAAACACUCGCCUGCAAAACGGACCAGGACUGUAGAAGCGCCCUGCACUGGGCUUGUUCUGCUGGACACACCGACAUAGUGGAGUUUCUGCUCGACCUGGGAGUUGACGUGAAUCUGCCAGACGAUGCUUUGUGGACCCCUCUUCACAUUGCAGCGUCUGCAGGCAGAGAAGACAUAGUGAGAUCUCUAAUAUCCAAAGCAGCUCAGCUAAAUUCAGUUAAUCAAAAUGGAUGCACCCCUCUGCACUAUGCCGCCUCCAAAGACAGAUAUGAGAUUGCCCUGCUGUUGUUGGAAAGCGGAGCAGACCCCAAUGUCACCGACAAGUAUCAGUCCACUCCCCUUCACAGAGCGUCUGCCAAAGGCAACCACCGCCUCAUCCAGCUGCUUCUCAAACACAGUGCCUCAACCAACAUCCAGGACUCACAGGGCAACACACCACUCCACCUUGCGUGCGAAGAGGAGCGUGUGGAAGCAGCCAAGGUGCUGGUGGAACAUGGGGCCAGCAUCUACAUUGAGAACAAGGAGGAGAAGACCCCUCUCCAGGUAGCCAAGGGCGGUCUGGGCAACAUCCUUCGUCGGAUUGUGGAGGGAUGAUUCCUUGACUGAUCUACGGUUGAUGCUCCAACUCCAAUCCCCACCAUCGCAAGUUACAUAAUGAGAAUUCUCAUCCCAGUCUGGUGUGACACAUUCAGAUGUGUAACAGGUGGAAGAUGAGAGUGUGUCCGGGAGAAAAGUUGGACUGUACUGCAUUAUUAUCAGCUCUUCAGAUGGGGCAGUGAAACUGCUCAGAUGUUAGAUGUCUGGUCAAAACACUCUUGUGCACUAAGUGCGGUCUAUUCAACACUGCAGUCUAUUUUCUUAUGAUCUAUUCCUUUUUAUGUUUGAAUUGUUGCAAAAAUGACCAAAUAAAAAUCAGUGUUCAGCCUGUUAGUAAAU